CAAUUUCACAUAAUUUUGCCGACAAUCAAGAUAAGUGUACCGAAGAGAUAUAACUCUCCAAGUCUUAUUCCACUUAGCAUAUUUACAACAUACAUAUACGUAGGUUUUGGUAGAACGAAAACCCUACGUAAGCACAAGUAUCAUUUUCAGCAUACGCGGAAACACGUAGCAAUACACAAAAGUGAAAUGACAAUAAAACAACAAAACAAAACAGCACAUAACAUUCAUUCGUAGAUCUCCUUCUCCAUUAUCAAAGCCCAAAGGACUUCACCAGAGCCUUUUUCCAAUGGCUCUGUCGUAGUAUUCAUUAAUUAGUUUGCGGGCGAUGGAUUAGCCCCCACGGGUGCGGAUGGAACUGAAGCCGGAACGCCUGCUGGGGUUGGAACGGAAGAUGGAACGCCAACUGGCGAUGGAACUGAAGUCGGAACGCCUGCUGGGGUUGGAACGGAAGAUGGAACGCCUAGUGCAGAUGGAACGGAAGACGGAACGCCUGCUGGGGUUGGAACGGAAGAUGGAACGCUAACUGGCGAUGGAACUGAAGCCGGAACGCCUGCUGGGGUUGGAACGGAAGAUGGAACACCUAGUGCAGAUGGAACGGAAGACGGAAUGCCUGCUGGGGUUGGAACGGAAGUCGGAAUGCCUGCUGGGGUCGGGACUGAAGAAGGAACGCCAGCUGGGGUUGGAAUAGAAGAUGGAACGCUGACUGGGGAUGGAACGGAAGAGGGAACGCCAUUGACGCCUGCUGGGGAUGGAACGGAAGUCGGAACGCCUGCUGGCGAUGGAACUGAAACCGGAACGCCUGCUGGGGAGGGAACAGAAGAUGGAACGCCUGCUAGGGAUGGAACGGAAGAUGGAACGCCGGCUGGGGAUGGAACUGAAGCCGGAACGCCGGCUGGGGAUGGAACGGAAGCCGGAACGCCUGUUGGGGAUGGAACUGAAGCCGGAACGCCAGCUGGGGAUGGAACAGAUGAUGGAACACCGACUGGGGAUGGAACUGAGGCCGGAACACCUGCUGGUGAUGGAACUGAAACCGGAACGCCUGCUGGGGAGGGAACGGAAGAUGGAACGCCUGCUAGGGAUGGAACGGAAGAUGGAACGCCGGCUGGGGAUGGAACUGAAGCCGGAACUCCUGCUGGGGAUGGAACGGAAGAUGGAACGCCGGCUGGGGAUGGAAAUGAAGAUGGAACUCCAGCGACGCCGGGAACACCUGCUACGGAUGGAACUGACACAGGAACGCCAGCAGGGACAGGCACGCCUUUGGCUGAGAGAAGUUGGCGAGCCGCCAUUCCAACCUCCACAUUGGAAAAUGAGACACCAAGGAAGACAGUAAAAAGGAAGAAGAUCGAGGACUUGGAAGCGGCUGCCAUUUUUUUCCAACUGUAGUAUGGCAACUUCAGUCUAACUCGCAGAUGGUUAGCUUGCCUUGUGUGUUUCAAGUAGGCUCUGUUGGGGUCGUUUAUAUAGAGAAACUUGG